AUGCCAAUCUCAAACCAUAAUCUUCAAUCACAAAAUACAGAUAAAACCCAAUUCAAAUAGAAUCAGAAACCUAAAAUACAAUUGAGCCUCUGCAUCCUUCCACUUUAAAGGCCAAGUUCAUACCUCGUGGAUUAGGGCUUCUAACUCCAAAUCGAUUUUGGACUUCUUUUCUUGCGGAUCUCCUCUGAUUCCAUUCAAUUGGUUGGCACUAGAUCCAAAAAUCUCUUCACUAAAUUCGUCUUUUAAUCGAACUCAAGUUGAUGAAGAAGAAAUUUUGGGAGAGAAGCCUAAGGCGGAAAUGGCUUCUCCCAGCGUGGUUAUGGAACAGCCUAACAUGGAAAGUGAUUCAGCGGAUGCUUCGAAUGUCGAGCCUCAAGAAAUUGUCGACUCUUCUUCGGAAGAUUCGCCGACAGAAUCGGUCUUGUUGCUGGUGGAGUUUGCUCACACAGAGGCCCAAACUUAUUUACGUGAAUUGCGGAAUUCAUCAAAUCAAAUUCCUAAAGAGCUAACUACCUUGGGCGAUCUGUUCGAUCAUGACACGGUAGUUGUACUUGGAAAUGCUAAGCGACGUCGCAACGACAUCAUGGUGUACUCAUGGCUUAAGGGAAUGAAGGAAGUGCUUCUUGAUAUUAAUUCUAUACUUACGGAGAUAAAGAAUGCCAAUAUAUUCGGGCAAAGUGCAGAAGAGCAAUCCGGUGCCAACAAGCCAUGGAAACUCAUCCUUAAUUUGGUUAACAAGAUUUCAAGCUCACCAUUUCUGCAGCCAGUUUUGUGGGAUUCUGCACAUUCUGUUUUCUCCGUAGAGCGGGCUCCAAAACGCAAAGCCGACUUUGCGAGUUUGCUACACAUUCUGUUUUCUUCCACAGCCGGCUGCAAAAAACCUAGAGCCGGCUUUGGAGUAGUCUGGUCUGUGUUGGAGCUCAUGUACCAAGAUAUCCGAAUUUGUUUAUGGAAAUUGCGGAAUUCAUCAAAUCAAACUCCUAAAGAGCUAACUACGUUGAGAAGUUUGUUGGAGAACACGAUACAUGUAGCUGAAGAUGCUGAGCGAUAUCGCAACGACAUCAUGGUGAAGAUAUGGAUUGCCGAAAUGAAGAGUGUGCUUUAUGAUACUGCUUCUAUACUUUUCGAGAUAAAGAAUGCCAAUAUAUUCGAGCAAACUGCAGAAGUCCAAUCCAGUGCCAACAAGCCAUGGAAACUCAUCCUUAAUUUGUUUAACAAGAUUUCAAGGUUUAUGCAUUAUUAUCGAGGAAAAAGGAUGGUUUCCGAGCUGAAGGAUAUAACUGCUAGAUUAGAAGAAAUUCUUGGUAAAGGAAAGCAGUUAUUAAAAGAAAUUCCUGAUGAAAGAACGCAGUCUGACCUCCAAUACAGAUUAACUACGCCUGAUCCAAAUGAGCGAUUUGCAAAUGCCGUGCGUAACGCUAUUUCCAAAGGGAAAUAUUAUGAAGUACAAGACUUAAUUGGAAGCAAGCCAGAUGCAAUAUCUAUAACCUUUGAAAAUGGGCAAACUGCUCUUCACAUUGCAAUUACUGCUGGUCAGGUAAGGGUUGCUGAGGAAUUGAUCGUAUGGACUAAUUCAGCAAACAGUCACCACUUGGGGAUAAAAGAUAAGAAUGGCAACACAGCUCUUUCCUACGCUGCUCGUAGUGGUAUGAUGGAAAUUGCAAAACGCUUGAUUGGAAAGAACAAGAACUUGCUUACUAUCCCAGGAGGCGGCAAUAUGCUCCCGGUUCAAUUGGCGUGCAGGGCAGGCCAUGAGGACAUGACUCGCUACCUCUACCGCAAUACGCCGCAGGAAUGUCUAAAGGGAGGCUAUGGCUUUUACCUCCUCGAAGAGUGUAUAACUAGGAAAAUGCUUGGUACAAGAUUGAAGGUAAAUAAAGGAAGUGUUCUAUCCGAUGGUGUUGGCAGUGUUGCAGCUCAACGAAGAGCUUUGGAUGAGAAUGAAUUUGUGCAAAGUGGAGCAGUGGAAGCAACCUUUGAAGCUAUCAAGAAUGGCAUCCCUGAGAUUGCAAUUGAAAUUGCAAAAGUUAAUACCAAUAUAUUAUGGAACUGCACUGAUUCUGAAGAUUCAAGGAACAUGUUUGCAUGUGCUGUAGUACAUCGUCAAGAGGAAGUGGCACAAUUUCUUUAUGAAUUUAAUGCAAGAAUUGGUGCAGCUUUCCAGUUGCAAAGUGAGUUACGCUGGUUCAAGGCAGUGGAAGGCAUUGUUCCACAGUUCUACAACUAUCAUAAAAAUAAACGUGGUGAAACUCCUUCCGAAGUGUUUGUUAAGGAACACGGGCAGUUGGUAAAAGAAGCAGAAGAAUGGCUGAACAAAACAGCAGAAUCUUCUACAGUCGUAGGUGCUCUAAUCAUUACAAUUACGUUUGCUGUGGCUUUCACUGUUCCUGGUGGGAAUGAUCAAAAGACAGGUUUCCCUAUAUUUUUGAACAAAACAGCAGACUCUUCUACAGUACCUUCUCCAACCAUGCCGUUCAUGUUAUUUGUAGUGUCAGAUGCAAUUUCUCUUUUUGCAGCAUCUAGUUGGGUGCUAAUGUUUUUGGGGAUUGUUAGGUCACGUUUUGCUGUUGAAGAUUUCCUUAAAUCCUUACCCGUGAAGUUGAUUAUUGGCAUUUCUUCACUCUUCAUCUCUGUUGCAGCAAUGAUGGUAGCAUUUUAUGUUGCUCUUUUCAUUAUGCUACAAGGUCGCUUGUGGAUAAUCAUACCAGUAACUUUGCUUGCUGGUAUUCCGUUCAUUAUGUUUGUACCGUUACUAUUUCCUCUUCUUGUUGAGCUUUAUACUUCGACUUUUAGGCUAGGCAUCUUUGAUAGUAAAAAGAACAUCAACAUAGGAAAAGGAAGAGAGAAAUAGAAUUUCUGUUUUUUAUGUUAGUAAAUAGGCGAGUGUGCUCUGUUUGUAUUGUAACUGCAAGAAAUAUUUAGUGGAUGUGUAUGAUUUGAAGAUUUCAUAUUCUUUUGUAAGUGCCAAACUCUUUCGGUAAUUCAUAGAGUGCUCCAAAUAUUCUGUCA